CAGCGAUAGAACCAGAAGAAGACGGCGAAGAAGCAGCAGAAGGAGUUUGUCAUCAGAGUUUGCUCAGGUGUGUUUUGUCAUCUGCAGGCGGAUUCAUGUCUGCACAGGUGACCGUGCUGUACUUCGCCAAGAGCGCAGAGCUGACCGGACUGAAAGAGGAGGAGCUUGUCGCUGUGCCGACACCAAUCAGCAGUGGAGACCUGUGGGCUCUGUUGCUACGGAAACAGCCUAGGCUAAAGGAACUCCAGGGCCACGUAGUCCUGGCGGUGCGCCAGCAGUACGUUGCCAUCGGUGACGAGCAGGUGACUCUGGCAGACGGAGACGAGGUGGCGGUGGUGCCGCCGCUGAGUGGAGGAUAAAGAGCAGACGACAUGACGGAGGAACCCAGGGACGUCUUCAGGCUGAGCCGUGAUUGGCUGUCGGUACAGGAAGUGGUGGACUCUGUCAGCAGCCCCUCCUGCGGAGCCGUCUCUGUGUUUCUAGGUACGACCCGAGAGGACCGGGUGGACGGC